UGAGUGUCAUGUUGGUGCCACGAAGAAAAAAACAAACAAGAAAAAAAGAGAUGGUCUGCCUUGAGCGAUAGCGGAGCAACUAUGGGACCAUUGACGUGUAUGCAAAAAAAAAAAUAACGAAAUGUCCGAGUACUGCGAAUAUAUGUGGUGUGAUCCCGCGCGUGGUCACAAUAGCGUCGCCUUGGCACGUAGCAUUUACGAGGAGGGGGGCAGGUUCGAUAAGCGUGACAAGAAGCUAGCCAUUAAGACUGUCAGAGCUGUACUUCGGCAGAUGCCGGAUGUAGUCUCGACUAGAUGUUUAUUUUCAAACUGGAACUAUCACAUGCCUCCAACGAUGACUUGUACUUUUUUUCAGCAAUCUGGUUUUGUUAUUGUGGUGGACUGGAGCGGAUUCUCGUUACGGCAGGGUAGCGCGCUGGGCGCAGCGGCUUUGCGAAACCUAAUAGCUGCUCUACGUGGGCGAUUUCCUGCCCGAUUCAAAGCGAUACACUUCCUUUCAGCGCCCCUGUACGUUCAGGCGACUCUGGCUCUGGUGAAGCCAUUUCUAGAUGAGAAGACGCGAAAUAAGAUCUAUCUGCACGGCAACAAUCUCAGCACGCUCCACGAUCACCUGCCAACGGACAUCUUGCCGGCGGAGCUCGGUGGAACGGGACCAGCCUUCAGCCCGGGAUUAUGGGCCGAGCCGGUCAUCCACUUGGCGAUGAAAGAGGCCGAGAUCGCCGCGGCCGCCAAAAAGAAAAAAGAGCUCGCCGACCAGAGUACGCGUCUACAAAAACCGACCAACGGGUCGAAAACCGCAAACGGAAACCAUCUAAGGAGCGACGACUCGACCGUCUUGAUGAGCGCGGAUAAAACAUUCUUCAACAAUCUCUCGAAGUUUUCUCCCGAAAAGGCGCAAAUGGACGUAGAAUUAAAUGUGAUAAAUAAACGAUCGGAUGAACAAAGAGAAAUGACGGAGCUUGCGACGAAAAACUGCGAGAAUAGUGCUGAGGUACUCAAACGAGACAAUAACGGAAACGAGAGACAUGAUUCCGAUGAGAGAACGGAUCAGUUCAGGAAUGACCUGGUGUUUCUCGACGCGGAGGCCAACUCGAACGAGUUCGAAAUCAUUCCCAGCAGAUCGGGCAGCGAGAGCAGCAAGGAUAAUUCAUUGGAUAAUAGAUUAGAAGGGAAGGCCCUCAUUAUCACUGGCAACAGCGAGGCACCGUCGGAAAAAACAAAUCUCAUAACGUAACGCUGAUCUCUUGUAUAUCCAGGUAUUGCUUAAUGAUAGGACUCUAUCGUUUCCUUUUUUUUUUAUAAACGAUAUGAGUCUGUAGAUAACAGUCUCGAAUAGUCUCGGGGUAGCGUAAUUUUAUCGGUAAUAGCAACGGAUUUCCUUAUUUACUAUUUCCUAGAAUGUAAUUUGGUGCGGUGCUUUUCUUGUUCCAUUUUGCUGGAACAUCGAUAAAAUCGAUAUAUAAAAUUUUUAUACUGAUUUUGACACAUUAUUCAGAAUGAGUAUUAAUUAAGAGCGCGCUGUGAAGUCUUCUAGUAUUUUCAUGCAUUUUGAGAACUUUUUUUUUUAUUUUAUAUUUAAAAAUAUUAAAUACAUUUUUUUAGAAGUUAGAAUGAAGAAUAAAAUAAGAAAAAGAAUGUAGCAUAUUCAGCUUCCAAUUUACUAUGAUUCUUUCGUUAAACAUGUUUAAUUAUGACAAUUGUUGAAACUGUGGAAUUUGUUUUACAAAUCGCAUAAGAACAGAUUUUACUGAAAUAAUUUAAUUGGUAUCAGAGAGGUUACAACAUAAAAACAAUAGCUAUAUUUAUUCUUAAUUAUUUCUACGUAUUAUGAGAUAUAAGAAUAAGGUGUGUGUUUCGAAAAUUAAUUAUUUUUUUUAACUUGGUUGAGAGAGAGAGAGUUGAGAAAUGGAUGAGAAUUUAAUGUAAUUUUAUGAUUCACAUGUCAUACAUAUUAACAAAUGUAAUUUCACAAUCCCAUUUAAAAUCCUGCUUGAAAUCAGCAAGAUAAAUAUCUUUGAUACAAUGUUACCUAUAUUUUCGAGAAAUAUUUUAUAUAGAGAGACACUUUUAGAUAGCAUAUUUAUGUGAAUUAAAUGAAAUUUACAUAAAUUAAAAUACAAUUUUCUUACUAUUUAGCUCACAAAGCUCGAGCUAUUUCUAAAAAACUAUUGAAACUUGUUCUUCCAAUAAUU